AGCGGGGCGGGAUGACCCGGGACGGCUUCUCGCGCUGCCUCCUUCCUCUCUACUACGGUCCAAGCCGUGGGCAAGGCGCCCGGGCAUGGCUUUCAGAGCUAGGGCUUAGUGGAACAGGUGUUCCAGGUCGCACCAUCGCGUGCGGGGAAAGUGAUGAAGAAGGGAAGGGGGUGAGGCGAAUGGGAAGUAGUCGCUCUUCCGGCCACGUGAUACAGCGGAAGCGUGCCCGGGACCCGGGAGACUUGCGGGUCGGCGCUGCUGUUUCCUCAUAUUGUAAAUUGAGUUCUGUGAAGAAAUACCAAACUGAUAAAGAAGAAAAGAAAAUAAAAACCAUGUUUCAAAGACCUGUUUUACAGGUACUUCGUCAAUUUGCAAGACAUUACUCUGAAGGAAGUACUAAUUUAGUUCUUGAACGAUGUUUUGUGCCUGAACCAAUGAUCCCUUAGAGAACAUCUGGUCCAAACCCUUCAUUUUAUAGAUGAGGAAAUAGGUCAAAUCAGGUGAAGUGACUUGCUGAACAUGAUACACAUUAAGAAACAGAGCCAAGAGUAAGCUUAGGACCUUUGAUUCCAAAUCCAGGGAUCAACUCUGCCACUAUUUUGUCACUAACUAAGAUAGAAUGGGCCUCCUCAGCAUACAUUUCUGAAAGUCUGUGCUUUUUCUGCCAGACAAUUUUCUAUUUCUCUAUUGAGUGUGAUCAGUUUAGAGUUCAAGCUCCCUGAAAAAUCUGAACUUCAGAAGAUAGGGUAAAUGAGAAGGGGUACAUAAAACUGAAGAAGAUAACUACUCUCCAUCUAUCUUCCUUCUGUAUAAUACUCUCUUUAUGAUAGAGGGUGUUUUUGGGAAUGUGAUGAAUUGUUUUGAAAAUUCCAUUCAGUAGUUUUUUUUCAGCCAGCAAAUAAAUAAAAGAGAAGUAGGAGAAGGGGUGUGGGAGGAACAGAGGUCCUUGAGAUUUGCUAGUGAUAGAAGAGUAGCUCAGCUAUUAGCCAAAGUGCUUAUCAAGUAUCUAAUCUUCCUACUUUGCCUGUAAUUUGGCUUUUCCUUGAAAUGUUGAACUUAAUCUCACCCAGAAAUUCUCAGUAGGGCAAUAAUAAUCAAAUACUGACUUCAUUGUAAACAAUUGCCAAACAAGGGCCUAUAACUUCUAGAAAGCAUUUCACAUGCUAGCAUCAUUCGGUAUGGGAGGAAGAGAAACAAGGUGAAAGGAUGUCUAUUCACAUGCCACUCUUUCUGAAGUUCUUAAGCAUUUAAAAUUGAUUGACAGCUCCAGGGAAGUAGACUGAGACCCAUGAUGUACUGUAUAGGACAUGGGCUAAAGAGGAUGUGUGAUGGGAGGUUUUUGGCAUGUACAUGCCUUCUCCCAGCCCUUUUUGGGAGAAAGGAAGCAUGUUCACAUUAUGCAGAACUUCACAUAUCAGUGGCUAUUUACUUUCUUCCCUCCUUGUAUUUUCUAGUUAGAACUCCUAGUCACAACUCUCUCCAGUUCUUGGAUUAAUUAGGCUGUUGGGCAUUCUUUGUUCUCAUUUCACUUGGUCUCUGUGGUGAUAGCAACAUUUCAAAUGUCUGCUGAUUAAAGUCUGGCCUGUAGAUUAGCAUUUGAUCAUGUUAAGGUCUCUCUUUGACUAAUUGCCUUGUUUGAUGCUCUUUUCUUCCUAUCCUUUUUUUGGUUCGAGGGCCUGGAAUCUUAAGUUAUAACAUUAGGUAGAGGAGUAACAUGUUGCUUUGUAUAAGAAGACAUGUCUUAUCAACUUUUGUUACUAUGAGCAAGAAUUUAACUUAAUUCCAGUCUUUUCUGACUCCUGUGAAUCUUAUUUUAUGGGAAACAUGGCAAGUGAAAAUAGUUAGAAAUCCCUCUGUUACAAUACUAACAUGGUUAUUUCUUAUAACUAUCUAUAUAGCUAUCUAAAUUUAUUUGCCUUAUUAAAAUAUACUUAACUUUUUUUUAAUUUAAAAACUCAUAGCUAUUAUUUGAAAGUAAUUUAUUCCACAGUAUUGAUUUGGGAAGUGUAUGCCCAGGACAUAUCCUAGAAAAUUACUUUUUUUAAAUUAUAUUUUGUCUUUUAUGUAAUCAGCAAAAAUCUACCUUUUCUCCCUUUUUCUCAUCAAAAUAAACCACUUAGCUGCCGUUUGACUGUGCCAGUGUAAUGUUGUUGCAGUAAUUCUGUAAAAUUGAAUUGUGUAUAAAUAUUUUUUCUAAAAGUUUAUCCCUUCAUUUUUAGAUCUAUUUUCUAGCUGAUGAGCUGCCUCUGAGGCUUUCUUCUGGUACCAAAAUCAGUGUUCUUCUGAAGUCAGAAUCUAUUCUCCACCUUUUUUCCUCAAGCAUGGGUCUUACCCAUUUUUCUAACUUUCCAUUUUGGAGUGGUGAAAUGGAUAGAGGGCUAGCCCUGGAAUCAGGAAGCUGUGAGUUCAGAUGCGGCUUUAGAUAUUUAACAAACUUUGUGACCCUGGAAAAGGCUUACUAUGUCUUUUUUGAUUACUUCAACUGUAAAAUGGGGAUCAUAAUAACACUUAUCAUCUGGGAUUUUUGAGAGGAUUCAGUGAGAUAAUAAUUGUGAAGCUCUUAGCACUGUACAUGACAUAUGGCUCCCUGUUUCCUCCUAUUAAAGCAUAGAGAGAUUUAGUUUUGUUGUUUUUUGAAGUGUUUCUUCCAGUUUAAGGUUUUCCUUUUUCAAUUGUACUUUUAUUUUUGUUUUUUA